UUCUUCAAGGCUGUAAUGUUGCGUUUGUCAUUAGACGCUGGUUUAGUUGAGAGGGAACUACUUUGUGGUGAAGCUGGUACGUCAGUAAAGGUUCUUCUUGGGGCUUAUCGUGUGUCUAAGAGAGAAGAGGAAGUGGUGUCGAAGGUGUGGCACACCUCCCUGUCGGCCAGCCGCUCAGAGAAAGGCACCGGCUGGUCCAGCCGCUCGCUCGGCGCCCGAUGCCGCAACUCCAUCGCCCUGUGCUCCGACGAGCAGCCGCACAUCGGGAACUACCGGCUGCUCAAAACCAUCGGCAAGGGCAACUUCGCCAAGGUUAAACUGGCCCGACACAUACUCACCGGCAGAGAGGUUGCAAUAAAGAUCAUCGAUAAAACACAACUGAACCCGACCAGCCUGCAGAAGCUGUUUCGAGAGGUGCGCAUCAUGAAAACUCUCAACCAUCCCAACAUCGUGCAGCUGUUUGAGGUCAUUGAGACGGAAAAGACUCUGUACCUGAUAAUGGAGUACGCCAGCGGAGGCGAAGUAUUCGACUACCUCGUGGCUCAUGGCAGAAUGAAGGAGAAAGAGGCCAGAGCCAAGUUCAGACAGAUUGUCUCGGCGGUUCACUAUUGUCACCUGAAGAAUAUUGUUCACAGAGACUUAAAGGCGGAGAACUUGUUGCUAGACGCCGACGCCAACAUCAAAAUAGCCGACUUUGGCUUCAGUAACGAGUUCACGGAGGGCAGCAAGCUGGACACGUUCUGCGGCUCGCCACCCUACGCGGCGCCGGAGCUCUUCCAGGGGAAGAAGUACGACGGCCCGGAGGUGGACAUCUGGAGCCUGGGUGUCAUCCUGUACACGCUGGUCAGCGGGUCCUUGCCCUUCGACGGACAGAACCUAAAGGAGCUGCGGGAGCGUGUUUUAAGGGGGAAGUACCGCGUGCCGUUCUACAUGUCUACGGACUGCGAGGGAAUCCUGCGCCGCUUCCUGGUCCUCAAUCCGGCAAAGCGCUGCUCGCUGGAUCAAAUAAUGAAAGACAAGUGGAUCAAUAUCGGCUACGACGGCGAGGAUCUGAAACCCCACACAGAGCCUGUCGAGGACUUAAACAACACCAGUCGCAUUGAUGUGAUGGUCGGGAUGGGCUUCACCAGAGAUGAAAUCAGAGACUCGCUGUCAAAUCAGAAGUACAACGAGGUCACCGCCACCUACCUGUUGCUGGGACGCAAGAACGAGACGGACGGCGGCGAGUCUCGGUCGGCAAGCAGUCUGAGUCUGGCUCGAGUCCGACCCAGCACCAUCACCAACGGAACCAGCAAACCCACCGCUUCUUCCUCCUCUGCCGCAACUUCUUCCUCCACUGGCCACAAGGCGCAGCGCAGCGCCUCCACCUACCACCGGCAGAGGCGACACUCCGACUUCUGUGGUCCGGCCGUUCCAGGGUCCGCGCAACCCAAACGGAGCCCCAGUGGCGUUGGCGAAGGGGCGGGGCUUAAGGAGGAGCGGCUGUCCAGCCGCAAGCCAAGCACUAGCACCAUUGGCUCUCGUAGCAUCCCGACGCCCUCCAGUCCCAUGGUUAGCUCCGCCCACAACCCCAACAAGGCAGAGAUACCCGACCGGCGCAAGGAAACCAACGUGACCACGAACAACAUCCCUGCCAGUGCCAUGACUCGAAGAAACACGUACGUGUGCACAGACCGAUCUGGCACUGACAGACACUCGCUGCUGCAGAACGGCAAAGAAAACAGUUCCUUGUCCCAUCGCCUGCCCCCCGCCUCCCCUUCAACACACAGCAUCGCCGGAGCCUCCGCGGCCUCCUCCUCCUCCACGCCCUCUACACGCCUCUCCAGGGGAUCCACGGUGAGGAGCACUUUCCACGGGGGGCAGAUUCGAGACCGCCGCCCCCCGUCCCACGCCACCCCGGCCUCCCCGACGCUGUCCUACGACGCCAGCCCAUUGCCACACGCCAGGACCCGGACCACCACCAACCUGCUCAGCAAACUCACCUCCAAGUUGACCCGCAGGGUCUCUCUUGACCCGUCUAAACGUCAGGGCUCAAACAAGUCCAUGUCGGGCUGCACCCUCCCACAGGGGACAAAAACAGUUAACGAACCUGAGAGAAUCAGCAGAUCUCCGGUCACAAGUCGCCAUCUAUCUGGGCAUCAGAAAGCGGCCGAGCCCCGGACCCCCCGAUGCGGCUGGGAUGUGAGGGUCCGGAGCCCUCGCGACCCGGCCGAGGUGGUGCUAGCGUUGCGCGAGGCGGCGCAGGGCUGCGGCUGCCAGGUCCACCUGGCUGGGCCUUUCCUCCUGUCCUGCACCCACGGAGCGGCCGGCGCCCGCGUUGCCUUCGAGGCCGAGGUCUGCCAGCUGCCCAGCGGGCUGGGCCAAAGCAGCGGUGUGAGGUUCAAGCGCCUGUGGGGGGCGCCGUUGGCCUUCAGAGACAUUGCCACCAAAGUGUCCAAGGAGCUGGAGCUCUGAGGGAAACCGGAGGUGAGGCGGAGUGAAAACAGACAGGAUGAUGAACGAGGAGGAGGAGGAGGAGGAACCCUGAGGACGCCUCCUCCCGCUCCUCUUCCUCGCAGUGCUCCGCUCAGGUGCGGCUAGCGAUGCCUCGCCUCCGCCAAAGACCGCUUCUUCUGAUGACAGAAAAGGGGGACGCACAGACGCGAAUGGGCCGCCGUCGGCAGACUUGAAGACCCUUAACCUUGGAACUCAGUGACCUACGACCCCUGCUUGAAACGCACCACCACCUCCAUAUUUUCUGAGCCCAUAGAGUCAGGUUGUUUUAUUUUUAAUCUUUCACAAUUUGAUGUCGGAUAAGGAUGGUGUUGCUGAGAAUGGAGAUCGAUAAUAUGUGGACAUUGUUAUUCCUAUUUUAUCCCAUUUGUUGUCAUCAUUCCCCUUUAAAGAGCUGCUAUUUAAAGAUUUGUUGGUUUAGUUGAGUUGAGUUUUCUCUUUAAUGCUUUUAAAAAUGGAUCAGAGAAUGUCAUCCUUUGAAGCAGAUGUCACAUAUUUCUGAAUUGAGGUCGCUGUCUGACCUCCGGCCUCUAGGGGGAGACAUGCAGAAAUGCAGAGACUUGUGACAGACUGAAUGACGCAUCGCGGCCUUUCUGCCCCUCCAUUGUCCCUCCAUUUUGUUUGUACCGUUUCUGGUAAAGUGUGGCCUCCCUGCCGGCGGUCCGUACCAAAUUCUCCGCUUCGUGUUGAUAGCUGGCAGCUGAGCAGGUCACGGAGGAGCAAAGUUGCCUAAUAACGCAGAACCCAGCUGAAAUGAGGUACUUGAUGACUUGUCCAUUUGAUCUUAUGCUCUGCUCCUUACUUAUACUCUACCAACAUUUAUAAUGUGCUACCUUUUCAUUUACAGGCAACACUCCUCUCAAUUUUAUUUAAUCUUUAAUUCCGUAAUAUUAAUGUUGGUUUAAAGUGCAAAGUAGGAUUUACUUUCUAUUGGAUAUAAAAACUGGAUCCCCAACAGGAACCGGUAUUUGUGUUUUAAUAAGGCAAUAGCAUGCCUCAGCUAGAUUUACUUUUCUGAAGGUGGAUGUAUGCAGAACAAAAAAGUCCCUUUACCAUAUUUUUCCAUCAGCUGGUUUUGUCUAUUUAGAUCCCCCCAAAAAACAUGCUCAGUCGAAAGAAUGCAUUAUUCUGAGAACAAUGAGAUAUUUUGUCCUAAUAGUUCUAAUUAAAUAUAAUCAGUUUAAUGUUUUAAGAAAACGUGUUUUACGUAAGGCAAAAUGAAGGUCAAAUCGGAUGCUCCUGCUGUCUCACCAACCCGACCAUCAUAUUGAUUACCAGUCAAUAACAAAGCACAGUACUAGUGCCACUGUCUUUUGACUGGUCCCAGUUUUUAUCUGAUUGGUUGUAAAUAUAACACAUCAUAAUGUGUUAUAUUUACAACCAAAGGGCAAAUACAAUGCUUAUUUGCUUGCUAACAGCCAUAGUUCACAAAGCCAAUCCAACUUAAAGCACCACAACGAUUUGAUCCCCUUUAAUGAUGAAUAUAUUGUAAUAGAUUACCUUUUGUUUAUUAUUUGAUCUCUUCAAAAAACAUGUUUCCCCUCACACAUGAUGACUGUAGCUCUUACUGGUUUGGAGUACAUUGAGGAGAUGGGGCUUUUUAUUGGUAGCACUUAACAAAAUCAAAGUCUGUCAGAACGCCACCGCCAUUGCUUUGCCUCAAAUGUAGUGCAAUGCAACCACAAAGCCAAGAAUCUAGACUUGAAUAAGCAUAGACUCCAUAGGAAGCCUUCUUUGAUUUAUAUUUUUUAUAGUGCGGAUAUGUUCUUAAAUUUUAUUGAGCACUUUUCUUCUCACGUUUUAGCCAGGACUGUGUUGUGCUGUACUGGCAGAUUUUUUCAAUUUAUCUGUAUUUCUAUUUUGUUAUAAAACUGUCUCACACAUUUAAAGCCCAAAGACCUUCUGAAAGCCCUUCCUUCCUUUACGUAAUCUCUCGGCAUCAUUCGCUUCCCUUCAGUGGAACGAUGGAUCCGGGUGUUCAAAGCUAUAUUAAAGUUAGUCCAGGGAACCGUCACUUCAGCGGCCCCUGCGGGGCGUGUCUGACUGUUGUCCAAUCAGAUUCCAGUUUUGCUGUAGGAGGUGUAUGACUGUUACGCAAUCAGUCCUCUGGCUCAUUAAGCCACUGCAUAACUUAAAGCAUGACGCCGUGGUUGGAGAUGAGACAUUGAAGACCCUUUGGGAAAUGUUCUUUCAUGAAGAACAUUUGGCUGGUCAGCACAGAACGAAGCUACCAAGAUCUGACUAAAAGACAGUGCCCAAUUGAUCAUUUAUUGACUGACGGUGCUUGAACUAUUGUUACCCCUUAAAUUCUACCAGUUAUAACUAACUUGCAGCAUCUAACAAAACACUGAUACGUAAAAAGAUUCCUAAUACUGCAGAUUGUUGAUCUUUACAGAUGUAAAGUCAGUCUGUCUGUCAAAUGGGACUUUCUUUUUAUCCCAGCAGGUGUCCACUACUGUCUGAAAAUGUGAAGCUGUGAUUUAGGGCUUUCUUUGCAUAUUCUUUUGUGUGUGUGUGCGUGUGCGUGCGCGCGUGCGUGCGUGCGUGUGUGCAGCUGGGCCUCACUCUCUGAACCUGUUCUGUAGAUGCAGUUAGGACCAACGCUUUAAGGCUACAGUUCUGUUCUAUAGUGUGUUUGAAGCCGUCACUGUUCUCAAGAAAACGUAACUUAUGGGGUGAUAUUACGGAAAUGAUGGACCUGCAAUCCUGCAUGUCUCCUAGGAAAUAAUGUGUGACACAAAAAUAAAGACGUUCAACCUCUUUCCUA